UAGAUACAUAAACCGACAAAUACUAAGAAUGAACAAUUUUGAUCCAAGUACUGUAAUCUAGAGUCAACACAACAGAAUAAUCGCACUUAUUAUAUGGUGAGGGUAAGUGUAGACAAGACACGUUUGGCAUGAAAAGGUAAACAAAACCAUAAGGCCACGUCUCUUGUCUUUUUCAUUCACUUGGCAGCAACGGUGGAUGAUAGAUAACUCAACCCACAACAAUUAUUUGUCUCCCGUGACCAUGGAACAAGAUCGAAGGCUUCAACUCAUCGACAACGCAAUUCAGAAGCUUAUACAAGACGACCACGACAAAAACAACACCAACAAAGUCCGAGAAUCUCACCAUAACGACGAUGAUCGAUACCAAAACGCUCUUUCCCACCUUCUCUCUGUCUCUCAGUUGAACAUUUUGAAAGGAGAAGAGAUAAAUGAGGAAUUUGAAGAUUCUAGAUCUUCUGAGCCGGUGGCUUCUGUAACUGAGGCGACAGAAAACGAUGAGAUAAUGAAAGAGCUGAAGAAGGUGAAAAGGCAGAACUUUGUAACUCAUUGCCUUCUUUCAGUGAUGAUUGUUCUCACUGUGGUUUGGCAAGUAUCUGAGGUGUCUCUUAUUUUGCAACUGAAAGAUGGAUUAAGCCACCCUUUUAGAUCCUUUGGAAAUAUGCUCAAAGGAAUGGUGAAAGUCCCUCGCGUCAAAGGCCAGGACGCUGAUGACGAUGAACAACUUCUUGAAUCUUCAUCCCUUCCUUCCAUGAUCAUUCCGGAUAUGUCUCAUGCCGGAAACUAGUCAAACUUGUCAUUUUCUUCUGAUGUAAAUUCCCUCUUCUUGUACCAUUUGCAAGAAUUUCCUUCUGAUUGUAGUACAUUCAGCAGACCAGAUCUUGAUCAGUUCUUCAAAUGGUAAUCUAAAAAAAAUUCCUUCAAAGUCAAA